ACGGAACUUGUAGUCCUGUUAAUCCACGUAAUGCAUCUUAAAUUCUGAAGAUAUACCGAUUUGUAGCUUGUAAUAUUAUUAUUUGCUAUUACUGCAUAUGGACCUCGCUAGCUAGUUCAACAAUACUCUUCAGUUCUGCCGACAAUUUUGAGGCGGAGUCAUCGUACGGUCUAUGUUGGAAACGAGAAUUUAAACUUUCGGAGACUACAACCACAUUGUUAGUUGUGGACUUUGCAUUUGAGUCCAGUUUCGUCAACUAGGCGACAUGGAUUUCAUGUUCGACUGGGAAGAAGGCGACCAAUUUUCAUUUGAAGACAGUGAUCGCUUCGAAGAAGACUCUUUGUGCUCCUGGAUCAGCGAGACAGAGAGCGUCUGCAAUAAUUGGCGAGGAUGGAAAAAAACAGGAAACCAACCCUACAUACCUCCGGAAGAAUGUCAAGUAAUGCCCCUGGUUGAACUAGCAGCUAGAGUUGUAGCAUGUCAGCUGCCAUUUGAGUUUGUUGAGCGUGUAUAUCCUCCAGUUCCAGAACAACUACAACUAAGGAUUGCGUUUUGGAGCUUCCCAGAGAAUGAAGAAGAUAUAAGGUUGUAUUCAUGCCUGGCUAAUGGCUCAGCUGAAGAAUUCCAAAAAGGUGAACAUUUGUUGAAAUCCAGAGCAGUCAAAGAAGUCUUACAAAUAGGGUUUCACCUCAGUGCUACAGUAGUUCCACCACAACAUCUAGCCCAACCGAAAGGGACUUUUAAUGUUGCGGUUAUGUUUGACAGAAGACAAAUAACAGCAUGUAGUUGUACCUGUAGUAGUCUAGCCAAAUGGUGUGCACAUGUGGUGGCUCUGUGUCUCUUUAGAAUCCAUCAAGCGUCAGGGGUGUGUCUUCGAGCUCCUGUAUCAGAAUCCUUAUCCAGACUGCAUCGUGAUCAACUACAGAAGUUUGCACAGUAUUUAAUUAGUGAACUACCGCAACAGAUUCUACCUACUGCUCAGCGUUUAUUGGAUGAAUUACUCUCUUCACAAGAAAGUGCUAUUAAUACAGUAUGUGGAGCUCCUGAUCCUACUGCUGGGCCAUCAGCUACAGAACAAACACGAUGGUGUCUUGAUGACAGUACACUGCAUGAAAAUAUCAAAAAAACUCUUAUUCGAUUCAGUGGACCUGCUCCUAUUGUGUUCAGUGAUGUCAACUCUCUGUACCUGUCUUCCACUGCACCUCCAUCAGCUGCGGAGUGGGCUAGUUUAUUGCGUCCUCUACGGGGACGUGAACCCGAAGGUGUAUGGAACUUGCUGUCCAUUGUACGAGAGAUGUACAAAAGACAGGACAGCAAUGGCAUAUCCUUACUGAAGAUCCUAACAGAAGAAUGCAUUGCUUGUGAACAGAUAAUAAUUUGGUGGUUUAAUACUCGAACGUCAGCAUCUCAUAAUGGACAUGGUGGUCAUGGUAAUCGUAAUAAUAAUAGUUCUUCUGCAGCAUCACAGCAUGCAUGUGCUAGUCUAUGUGAUGAGAUAGUAACUCUAUGGAGACUAGCAGCUUUAAAUCCAACCUUAACACCUCAAGAAUGCCAGGACCUAUGGGAACAGUUAAGACACUGGCAUACUCAAGUCAUAGAUAAAGUGCGUAAAGGCCGUGGAAUACGCAAAGCUGAUAUAGAAUUGUUUUCUGGAUUCAAACCAUCUAUUGAGGCAUGUUUGUUAGACUGGUCUGAAUACCCAGUUGAUGGUAUUGCCUGUAUAAACAGACAUCCUAGUCUGCAUCACAAGAUUGUUGAAGGUCAAAGUUCACAAACUGCAGGUGACGUUGCUGAAAAUAGGGUUGCUGAAAAUCUUCAAGAGACUGCUGCAUUUCAAUCUCAGGAAAAUCUUAGUAAGUGUGAAAUAACUGCAGAGCCUAGCAAUAGCUCAGCAUCCAAUGACCUUGGGGAGGAUGCUGACUCUGAGAGUUCUGACACUAAACCAUCACAGGGUGCAUCAAAUAUAGACAAUAAUAUAACAACUUCUGCAGGUGAAUUUUUGGAAUCUAAAAAAAGUGGUAAAAGAAAAACCAAAAGCAAACAUUGUGAAGUUGAUGUGGCUGCAGUUGUAGCUAAAGAUGGUUUACCUGGGAAAAACGAGAGCAGUGAUAUUGAGUCAGAUGUAGCUAUUGACAGUAAAGUUCAAAAUGAAUCCCCGCCGCCUUCUGAUGAAUACCAGGUGUAUUUUUAUGACACAAAAGCUAAAUUACCGCCUAGUAAUGACAGAAACAGGAAGAGAGAUGAACCUCCUAAUUUAUUUGCUGGUAUCAUGAAGCCCGAAAUUGCCAUGGAUAUACUCUUUGCUCAAGCUGAAGCACUGUAUGCCCAUGGUUAUACAAGGCAAGCAUGUAAACUAGCUCUUCAAUUAGCUGAAGAACUUCUUUCAAAUCAACCGAAAGUAACAAUUGACCAAUCCAUGUUGUCUGGUUUAUCAAACAAAGCAAGAAGAAAACAACUGAAUGUUCUCAGUUUAUUGGCAAGUAAUACACUUGCCAAGGCAGGGUUUCUAUGUAGUGUGUUAUCUGAGGAGGCAGAGUCAUACCAUGUUGCAUUUCAAGUUGCCAUGCUGGGACUGGAGAUGUGCAGGUUGCCAGCAUCCAACAAGGCAUUAGAGGUCAAACUAGCACAUCAAGAAUCAGAAUUAGUUGGUCUUUUGAAGAAAAUUCCAUUGUCUAUAGCAGAGCUUUCAGCUGUAAGAGACCGUGCUGAACAACUCAAAGAUGGCAGAUUGAAAAGUCGUGGUGAUGCUUUACUUCCUAUUAUGCUGGCAACAUUCCUCUUUGAUGCUCUAUCUAUGCCUUGUACCUCACCAAAUGCAAGUCGGCCACCAAGUCGCAAUACCAAAGAACGUUUGCCCAGUGAUGAGAAGUUAGGAUUUGAUGCAGCUGUAGCAGCACUCAGUCUAAAAGCCAACGUAUGUGAAGCUGAUCAUCCUUUAUUGUGUGAAGGUACACGACGACAGCGAGGUGAACUUGCUAUUAUGUUAUUAUUAAGAUAUAAAGAUGACCAAAGUAAACUAAGACUGAUUUUAGAUGCUUUAUUGGAUAAAACUCCUCAACAGAGGCAUAAACCACCAGGUAACAACCAGAUGGCUGAGAAAUCAUCCCUGCAAACAGCAGCUAACAGAGCAGCUUGUCAAUCUGAGCCACCCAAAUGUAUGAGGCAAUCUGUUGAUGUAGAUGAAGCUGGCCAAUCAGUGAGAAGUGAAGCUGUUAGUGUUGCUGAAUGUAGCCAAUCAGAAAAGAAGAGUGGAUGGAAUCCUGAAGACACUGGAGUAAUGGAUUUAGCAUGCGCUGCAGGUAAUAGUGGCACUUCCAGGGAUGAAGGUGGCGAGUCUAGUCACAUGGUUGAGAAAUAUGAUAACAAAAAUGAUUUGGUGACAGAAUGGCAGAAAGAUGCAGCUGAAGCCUUAUCUGAAUCCUCGCAACCUCCACCACCACCAGUACCACCAUGGGAACAACGA